CUCCCAGCCUCUUGCUUCUGGCUGGUGCUAGGCUUGCUGUGUAUUUUCCCGCCAUUUCCAGCUCUUCGUGAGGAGAACUGGAUGAUUUCGAAUGGAUUGGUUUCACUGCAACCAGUGUUUCCGAAAAGAUGGGGACCAUUUCUUUGUCACCAGCUGUGGCCAUAUUUUCUGUAAAAAGUGUGUGACUCUGGAAAAAUGUGCUGUUUGUGGAACUGCUUGCAAGCAUCUGGCUCUUUCUGAUAAUCUGAAACCUCAGGAGAAGAUAUACUUCAAAAGCCCCGUGGAGACAGCUUUGCAGUAUUUUAGUCACAUCUCUCAGGUGUGGAGUUUCCAGAAGAAACAAACAGAUCUCCUCAUCGCCUUUUAUAAGCAUAGAAUUACAAAGUUAGAAGCAGCCAUGCAGGAGGCACAGCAGACGGUGACCAACCAGGAAAUAGAGCUGUCAGUCUUAAAGAAGGAAAAUGGAGAACUGAAGAAAUGUCUUGCCAUUCUAAAGGAAUCUCCAAAUCGGUACCAAGGAAGCAGGUUGGCCACACCUCGACCAGUGGGCAUUACUUCUCCCUCACAGUCAGUCACUCCACGACCCAGUUCUCAGCAUAGCAGCCAGGUGGUCAGUCGGUCCCCCUCAGUGGAAUCUAUCCCUUACAGAAUAUCUGGCUUUAGUAGUUUGGGACAAGUAAGUAAUAGACAAGGAGCCAGAGGCCUGCAGGGAAGAAGCACUCCCAGGGACUCUUAUAUUGAAACCCCUUCACCGGCUUCUACUCACAGCCUAUCUUACAGGCCUUCACCUGCCUCUUCUGGACAGGGGAUUUUUUCUUUCAGACCAUCCCUAAAUGGUGGGGAUUCAGGCCACACAAGAGUCCUCACCCCCAAUAAUUCAGGUCAGAGGGAAAGCAGAACCCCACUAGAGAGUUUUCCUGGUUUCCAGCUACCAGUCCAGCAGACUCUCUACGAACAGAGACAGAUGGGAUUAGCCAGGUCAAGAGAAGCAUGGACUAUUUCCAGAUAGAUCGUCUUCAAGGUCUGAUCUAUACAUAUUGCUUAAGGAAGACCUGUAGCAUACAAUACCCAUUAAGUGUGACGGCCUUGGAAAAUGUUUCCCUGCCUUGUUUCCUGGUUUCACUGUGUACCCUUACCUCUCUUGACCUUUACCAUAUACACUCUGUAUUACCUCCUAGGAAAAUGGUCAGGCGUUAUAUAAGGCUAGUACUUCAGGAGGAUGUUUAGAUCUCUCCCACACUCAUGUAGUUCUCUCAUUUCCUGCAACUUAAAGGUUGUAAAAACAAUUCUUGGCAUCACUGGGGGUGAGAGGUAAUAUACUCAUUAAGGAUGGUUUAUUUCUAUAUUUCAUUCUUUUAGCAUUGGGUAUAUUCUUCCAUUGCCAGUGUUAAUAAGCAACAACUCUGUUCCAUGUCCUCAUUUAUUAUACUUCUGUUUGCCUAUUGUUUGCUCUAUUCCUAGUUAACUAUGUUGACUUUCCUUCCUGUUGGAGACCCAGACUUUCAGCUUACUGAAGUAUAUAGAUAAAAUAAAGAUGUCCUUUUAUUGUUAUUGCAUUGGUUUUAUAUUCUAAGCUCUCGAAUGGUGGAAUGGGCAAAGACCACCACCACGGACACGAAACCUGUAUUCUUCUUUGGGUACUAAAUAGAAAUGAGAAGUUAAGUGGGUCAGCCACGGGCAGACAGGCCAUAAGCAAAAAUACUGAAAAAGUGUAAAGAUAGCAAACAUCUGCCAGAAAUAAAUUAGGUCCUGGGAAUGACCCUGAAGCUGAACUAGGAUUCCCUACUCUUUCUGGAACUUUGAAUUUAUUUUUAAAGGCAUUUAUCUAGACACCUCUUCUGGGCAAGAGCCUGUGCUAUAGCAAGUACAGGAAAAAAUCUGCCCAGUGAUAGACAGAUACUGAUGUCCUGCCUUUUAAAGUUUUUGUUCUUUUAAAUUUUUUUUUAAAGAUGUAUUUAUUUAUUUA